ACAUUAUCUCCAUGGAUUUGUUGUCAAAAUUUGGAGUUUUAAGACAGUUGGUAGCUCACCGUUGCGGAUUUACUUUGCACUAUGUCAGGUACGCUGAAUUGGAAUUUGCUGAAAAUGACUGGGUCAACGACCAGGGCAAACACAUAUGUCCGGAAGUACACGGCAGGCUCGGUGCGCAGCGGCGUGCUACAGAACAUUCAAAAUGUAUCCAAGGCUUACAUGCCGACCAGGAGUCCUCCAGAUAACCCCAGCAUUGAUGAAUCGCCGUCGUCUUCCAGCACAAUUCAUCGAAAGAGCCUGAAAUUCCGAAAUAAGCGCACCAAGAAGAAAGUUCCCUCGGCACAGGCGGAAGUUUCAUUCCCAGGAAGAAAGGAAGUCCCAACUCCAGUUCAGGACUCGAAGUACAUGCGUGAGUUCUUCGAUGUGGUUCGUCAGCGUCAUCUCAAGAGUUACUAUCAGCACAUGCAAUUGUCGCAGCCACUUUCGAAGGAAAGUACCCUAAGUCGUGUGUGCCUUAAAUGUGGUCUCCAGAAGCGCACCAAAAAGGAUCCCUCCCAGAAUGUUUACUGCACGGGAGCGGAGAGCAUGCGUCAGAGCCUGAGGGAAAGCGACCCGAAUAAGGACAGGGAUCUCACUUGGUUGUGGAGCUCCACUGCCGCAUACCCGCACUUAUUAUUGAAGUGCGGGAACGACAGUGUUGGCUUCAGAGACAAGUGGUCUCUUCCCUUAUUUAUGUCGCAAAAGCUUAAAGAGAAAGAAGGUCCGCUUUCUAGGGUUAGAUGGUAUUAACAAUCAUUAUA